GCACGCAGCACAGCAAUCAAUGGUGCGCUGUGUCCCUAGGACACAGUGGAUCAUCAGCAGAUCAUUAGGGCACUGAUAAUCAGUGUCCUGAUGAUCAAUAUAGCCCCAUCAGUGCCACCUGUCAGUGCCCAUCAAUGCCACAUAUCAGUGCCUACCAGUGCACAUCAAUGCCACAUAUCAGUGCCCAUCAGAGCUGCCUUUCAGUGUCAACUAUCAGUACCAGUCAGAGCCACCUAUCAGUGCCAGUCAGUGCCGCCCAUCAGUGCCUGUCAAUUCCGCCUAAUAGUUCCAAUCAGUGCCACCUAACAUCAGAGCUGCCUUUCAGUGUCAA